UUCAUAUUAAAUAUACAGCUCUGCAUCAUCGGUACACACUGAAACAGCUCGUGUGCUGGUGUGUGGCGGUAUAACACGGUGAACGCAACCCACUUUGACUAAUCUAUUCGUCCAUCUUUGGAUGUAUUUUUAAAUGUGGUGUCUCUGACGUCGACUAUAACCAGAGACUGAAAUCUCCCAUCGGAGCACAGACGCUGUUACAGCACACGGGACCGCUGGUGAGUGACACUGGCCCCGAUGGCCAAGAACACGCUGUCUUCGCGCUUCAGAAAGGUGGACAUUGAUGAAUUCGACGAGAAUAAAUUCGUGGACGAUCACGAUGAGGCUGCAGACCAGCAAGGACCUGAUGCGGCGGAAGUCGACAACCUUAUCAGGCAAGGGGACAUGAUGGCAGCCCUUCAUAUUGCUCUUAGGAACCCUCCAAUCAACAGCAAGAACCCGGCAAUAAAGGAAAGAGCUCAGACUGUGGUAUUGAAAGUUCUGACAUCAUUUAGGGGCAGCGAUAUAGAGCCCGCUGUUAAAUCUCUCGACAAGAAUGGAGUCGAUCUUCUUAUGAAGUACAUCUACAAAGGCUUUGAGAGGCCUGUAGAAAAUAGCAGUGCCAUAUUGCUGCAGUGGCAUGAAAAGGCAUUUGCCAUUGGAGGACUAGGCUCUAUUGUUCGAGUUCUGACAGCCAGGAAGACUGUAUGACUACCUGAGCAGACCUGGAAACAAUGUCGCUAAGAGACGCAGAGGACAUGAGGCAGGUUUGCCUGUUACUUAAAGGAAAGAACAAGAGACCAUCGUUUUGAAUG